GCCACCUCUCUCUGCCUCCCGAUUCCAUUCCAUCUCCUCCAAUCUGCCAUCUUCCGUUUCUAACCUGCCAACUCUCCGAAACGCCAUCCCAGCAGCCCUACGUCGGUUCGCCAUAAAAUGGCGAAACCUUUGAGUCCAACAAUCCCGGAUCCAUCUCUCAGCAGGCCGUUCGACAACGUUGGCGGACCCCCCAAGCUCUUUCAUACACUCCGCCAGGAACAGAACUCUGUCCUCAGUCUGGCCGCCGACGCGAGUCACGUCUACAGCGGCAGCCCCACCGGAGAUAUCUCCGUAUGGGACAAGCACACGCUCAAACUGAAGACCUCGCUCAGAGGACAUACUGGCAGUGUCCUCGCCCUCGAGUACGCCCCUGACAAGGAGUGGCUCUUUAGCGCAUCUGGCGACAGCACAAUACGUAUUUGGAGCACGCGGUCUCUCUGUCCACUCUAUAUUCUCAAUCCGCACGGCGAAACUGAUGCAGGCGACCUCUUCUCGCUCGCCUGGUCUCCUGCGCUUCGGACACUCUACAUCGGGUGCCAAGACACGUCUCUGCAGUGGUUCACCUUUCCCGUAUCGCCAUUCCCCUCUUCAAGUUCGUUUGCCUCCGGAUCGACGUUCCUCGACUCGCCCGACGCCAGCGGGCGCUCCACACCAACACGUCGCGUGCACAAGUUCUUUGACAGCUACCCGCAAUACCAGCGCCGCCCCGCGGAUCUAUUCGCACGCAAUCCGACGUGCUUGGGCUGCUCGAGUGGCUCGCCUCCUCCGACACCUCCGUUGACGUCAUCCUCCCUACCGAGCACAUCCGGCUCGCCUUCGAGCUCAACGCAAGCGCUGCAGCGUCCCUUGAUCAUGCUGCAGGUACCACCAGCAAAUGUGAUCUACUCCGCCCACUACGGAUAUAUCUACUGCAUGGCGCUGGUCCCGAGCUCGCGUGAAGCUUCGGACGAUCCGCCCUUCGGAGCGGAGGCAGAUGGCGAGAUGCGCGAUCUACAGCUCGUCACCGGAAGUGGCGAUGAGACUGUGAAGCUGUGGCAAUUGGCUCCUGGGAACCCAACACCGAUUCUCCUGCACACGUUCGAGUGUUGCACAGGUGCAGUGCUCGCGGUCGCAGUGCGCGGUGAGACGGUCUUCGCUGGUUGCCAAGAUGGGCAUGUCAAGGUCUGGGACCUUGAGACUCGAACUCUUGUUCGCAUUCUCAUCGUGGUUGAGAAUGUGGACAUCCUUUCCUUGUCACUACUCCAUUCAGACUUAUAUGUAUGCUCUGCCAACGGAGAAGUACAGCGCUGGUCCUCCCAGUUUGAUUGCACUGCAUCCUGGAAAGCCCACGAAGGAAUCGUCCUCUCCUCAAUUGUAACCAGCAUUCCAUCUUCCCCAUCUGCCGAUGCCGACCUGCGCGAAUCGGACACGACAGCAUGCUCUUCCCCGGCCGUGUUCGCUUUGGUGACAGGCGCGAACGAUGAUAACAUCAAAAUCUGGGAGGUCGAGCCACCGAAAUUGAAGCUGCUUAGUCCAUUGUCCUUGACAUUUGAUAUCGAUCUCGGCGACGCAAGCAAUGAAACAAUGGUGUAUGCCUUAUCUAAACUCGUCUCGAUCCCGAGCGUCAGCAAUUCCCUUGCGCAUCGGGAGGAUUGCCGGCAAGCGGCGAUCUGGUUGCGCAAAUGCUUCACUCAGCUCGGAGCUGUGUCUUCAUUGUUACCGACUGGUGACAGCACAAAUCCCCUUGUCUUCGCCACCUUCCAAGGGACGCAAACGAAGCGCAAGCGUCCGCGAAUCCUCUUUUACGGGCACUACGAUGUUAUCGCCGCUUCUCACCGAGGAUGGCAGUCUGAUCCCUUUACGUUGACUGGACGCAAUGGCUAUCUGUAUGGCCGUGGCGCAACUGAUAACAAGGGCCCCGUCGUGGCUGUGGCGUGCGCGGCCGCAGAAUUGCUCCGUCGACGUGCGCUUGAUCUUGAUCUGGUGCUCUUGAUCGAGGGUGAGGAGGAAGCGGGGAGCGGAGGAUUCGCUGAGACGGUACGGAAGAACAAGGAUGCAAUCGGGCCGAUCGAUGCUAUUCUUGUGAGCAAUUCGACGUGGAUUGCGGAGGACACGCCUUGCAUCACGUAUGGAUUACGCGGGGUGGUGCAUUGUCACGUCGAGAUUUCCUGCAAAGGACCCGAUCGGCAUUCUGGCGUGGAUGGAGGAGCUACGGUAGAACCUAUGCUGGACAUGCUCAAGCUCCUCGGCACCCUCAUCGAUGGGCAAAAUCGCGUGACAAUACCCGGAUUCUAUGACAGUGUGCACCCGAUAACGAGAGAGGAGGAGCAUUUAUACUCGGUGCUUUCAGGGAUCACGCAUACGCCAGCAUCCUCACUUGCUGCACGUUGGCGCGAACCGUCUUUAACAGUGCACAAUGUCGAGGUAUCUGGUCCACGGAACUCGACAGUCAUACCUGCGACAGUGAAAGCUCAUGUCUCCCUGCGCAUCGUGCCGGACCAGGAUCUGAACACUGUCGCGAACGCCUUGUGUGAACAUCUUCAGUGGUCCUUUGAGAAGAUGCACUCGCCAAACAAGCUGAAGGUCCGCAUAGACCGAACCGCGGACUGGUGGCUCGGGAACCUGGAUGAUCCGUGGUUCCACGCACUUGAGGACGCAGUGCGAGACGAGUGGGGGCAGGAGCCUCUGCGGAUACGAGAGGGCGGGUCCAUACCGUCCCUUCCGUAUCUAGAGAAAGAGUUCUCCUGCCAUGCGCUCCACCUGCCAAUGGGCCAGAGCUCGGACCAGGCCCAUUUGCCGAACGAGCGAAUAUCCCUGUCGAAUCUGCGCCGCGGCAAGCUGGUCGUGGAGCGCUUUCUACAGAACGUGGCAAAGCUAGAACCGUCGCAUCCUAGUGUUGGGAGUCCCGAGAAUCUGGACGGCUCUCCAUAGCCUUCAGACUGUCAGACGUAUCGUGCAAUACGAUAUGACGUAUAAGCCCUUUCUUCUUCCACUCUCUUUCGCUGCUAUCGGUACGUUCCAGUCGUUUGCUCUACAGCAUUGCUCAUGAUACCAGAAUGUAACAUCUCUCAUCAUAUCUUGUUGUCUCGCAUCUCAUCUUUCAUCACGGACUCUCGGAUUCCUUGUAGAUCUGUGUAUUGUAAAUUAGAAUGAAAUAACAGUGUUUUUGU